ACCCGGAAAAAGAAGACGAGCCCCGAGUUCAAGGUACGGUGUGACCGAGUUAUCUGCGGUCAUUCUCUUUAAAUGAGCUCCGUGUCCUACACAGGAAACAUAAACAUAUAACACAACGCUGUCAAAGGUCGAAGGUCCUUCUUCUUUUUCUUCUGGGACUGCAAAUGGAGACAAAUUAACGCGGUCAUCUGGUCUGGACUUCCUGACAUCGUACCCCUGACAUCAGAGAGGACGAAGGUCAGCGGUGCGCCUGAUGACGCUCAUCUUCUCUUCCAGAGCCAUCCCUGGAUCCUGCACACAAUCAGAGGCACAGCAGGAUGAGCGGUGUGCUGUGCAGCAGAACCCGGUUGGUCACGUACCUUCCGGGGCUCCAUGUGUUGGUGCAUCGUGUGGCUGGAGGCAGAGCCUUCUCUGCUGCUGGGUCAUCGGGCUCAAAUGAGCCGCCCUUAGCCUGUAGUCCCUCCGGUGCAGGACUGCAGACAGUGUGGCCUGAUGACAGCAUGGGGCCGUUUGGGCCCCAGGACCAGCGCUUCCAGCUGCCCGGUAAUGUGGGCUUUGGCUGCCACCUGGAAGGGCUGACAGAGCAGGAGAAGCUCCUGACGCACCAGAUGGUUCCUGAUGUGUUGUCUGCUCCAUCCAGCUCUGAGAGGCAUGAGCUCGUAGUGGCCCAGUUUAUCGGAGAGUUCUCUAAGAAAGCUGGUCCUGCAUGUUCUGACAGAGUCAGCACAGCUGCAGAGUACUUUGACAGCUCCAGGGUGGAGUGUGCCGUCCAGUCCUGUCCUGAACUCUUAAAGAAAGACUUCCAGUCGAUGUUUCCUGAAGCUCCGGCCUGUGGUAUGAUGGUGGUCACAGUUACCCAGAAGACCCACCACGAUAUGACAUCAUGGUGUGAUGAGGUGGAAGAGGAGAGAGAGCAGCUGCUCGACAAGUUUGUUGCAGGAGCCAAGGAGAUCUGCUGUGCUCUGCAGAGAGAAGGCUUCUGGGCAGACUUCAUUGAGCCUUCAUCAGGCCUGGCUUUCUUUGGCUCGUACACCAACAACACGCUGUAUGAGACCGACGACCGCUACCGUCACCUGGGCUUUCACAUGGAGGACCUGGGCUGCUGCAGAGUGAUCCGACACUCUCUGUGGGGGACGCACGUUUUUGUAGGGACAAUAUUCACCAGUGCACCUCCUGAUACUCCCACUAUGAAGACGCUGCAGGGUCACUGAACACAGACUCUGGGAUCCUGGGCUGCCAGUAAAACUGUUUAAUAUCUCUGGACUGUGGUUUUUUAUGUACUCAGAAUUAAUUUAAUAGCAUUUGUGGUUACAAUCUGUAAACAUAUUCCUUACAAUGGAAACCUGGUUCUGUAGAGAAAUGGCAGAGGCUUAAAUCAUCACAAUAAAGCUCCUGUUGUAAAUG